AUGGAUAAGCUGGAAGAAUUAUCCUCGCGUAUAUUUCCAUCCGAUGCCUACAAAGGCAAAAUCGGUUCAAUACAGUACAAUGUGUGGUUGGCACAGUUGUUUGGGGUGCCUGUGGUGGGUUUAAAGGCAGAGUCACCGCGCUUGAAGAUUGCGCUCGGCAUAUAUGGAGUGCUCAUGACGCUGGUGGUGACAUUCUUUUACACGGGUUUCGAAAUUUACGAUAUGAUUUUGUGUUGGCCCAAUUUGGACAGUUUGACGCAGAAUAUUUGCCUGUCCCUGACACAUAUCGCUGGAGUAUUCAAAGUUAUUAAUAUUAUUUAUCGGCUGGACGAAGUAGGCUUUGUGAUAAGAAGAAUUGAGUACUCAGCGAAAACUUAUGUGAUUUCAAAAAGUCAGUUAGUCGCUUUUUAUCGUGGUGAAUUUGAGAAUAAAAUACCGUUAACCAUUUAUGCCUCACUGGUGGGUUUCACAGGCGUACUUGGCCUCAUUUAUCUGUUCUACAAUCCCAUCGGCGUUGCGGGUCAAAUAUUCCCCUACCGCGUGAAGUUGCCGGAAUGGAUGCCUUUCGGCACACAACUAGCCUACAUGGGCAUGAGUGUUUUGGUGUUCGCCUUACAGAUCGUCGCCAUCGACUAUCUCAAUGUGACCAUGAUCAAUCAGAUACGUUUUCAAUUGAAAAUACUCAAUUUGGCUUUUGAGGAGCUCAAGAUGGAUUGUGUUAAUGCGAGGGAACAAGAAGAGGCCAACAAGCGCUUACAAACCAUAGUUGAACACCAUUGCCUGCUCCGUGAUCUGCGCAAUAAUGUGGAGGAUAUUUUUCGCCUGCCUGUGCUCUUACAGUUUUUCACCUCACUCAUUAUAUUCGCCAUGACGGGCUUUCAGGCGAUUGUCAAAGUGGAGAACUCAGAUGGCGCUGCACUCAUUUACUGUUAUUGUGGCUGCAUUUUUUGUGAGUUAUUUGUGUAUUGUUGGUUCGGCAAUGAGGUAUCGGAGCAGAGCAAAACUUUGGCCGCCAGCGGUUACGGCUCGCAUUGGUAUGCGUUUGAUCAGCGGUUCAAGAAAUCACUCUUAAUAUUUAUGUGCAAUUCCCAUAUACCGUUUGUUUUUACGGCUGGCGGUUUCAUGUCUCUGUCGUUGCCCAGUUUCACUGGUAUUUUGAGUAAAUCUUAUACAGUUAUAGCGCUCUUGCGGCAAGUAUAUUCACGCUGA